AUGACAAGCUACGCGGACUGGGUUGAGGAAACUAUCGGCUUCACGGAAGAGGAGUUUCAUCAAGAUGAGAAUGCGGAGGUUAACGAGAGUGGCUCAUGCGAGGGUCUUUCGUAUGCAUAUGGGACCGAUGCGGUUCUCUGUUUAGUGGACUGCCGUAGCGAAAUGUUCGCCUUACCCAUCAAAUCCCAUCAUAGUACAGCUUCAUCGGAUCAGACGGUUGAGCACAAAUUUAAAAAUGACGAAUGUAACAUAUCGACAUCGCCCACUUUUUCUGACCAGGUUCUUGAAGCCGACGGCCAAGAUACGGGUUCUACGCCGGCCCAACUAACGGCCUUUGGUCGAGCACUGGACGGGGUUCGCUGUUUAUAUAAAAAAAAAUCCUUUUCAAGCUACCAGGACGUUGUAGCUCUUGUUCUCUACAAUACUGCUGUUGAAAAGAAUACCUAUGAAUGCCCAGGCGUCUAUAUUUUUCACCCUUUCAGCCAAUUAAGCCUAAGUGGUUUGUAUGAGCUUGAGCAGCUAGCAACGUCGGCAGUCAGCCCUGAUUCAUCAGCUUAUGUGAAAUUUGUUCGAGAUAUAGGCCAUCUUCCAGCUCACCAACCGUCGGCGCUCAGAAAAGCGCUUUAUGCGGCGCAUUGCAUGUUCUUGAAUCUCGGAACGACGAAUGUUAAACACAAGCGUAUUUUUGUUUUUACUAACGACGACGACCCGACUCGCGGCAACGCUCUGGAGUACGAUUGGUGUGUCGCGCAUUCUCGUAGUCUAACCAAUAUGGGCGUCAUGAUUGAAGUAUUUGGGGUCGGAGAACGGGUUGAGGGGAGGGGGCUUCCAGCCAGCGCUGCUACCACUGCGGCGGCGGUUAGUGCCGAGAGCGGGUGCGGUGUUGGCACUCCCAAUGGUACCCCCACGGUCACGGAUGGCAUGGCUGCAGAGUCUUCGAUGGGGGUACAUUCUUUUGUUUCAAAGGAUAAGGGUGAUUUUGUUGACAACAUCGAUAACGUGGCUUUCCCAGGAAGUGUUUUCUGGAAGAGGCUGCUCUACGAAGUUAGUGGGCGCAAGCCUUAUAGCGGUUCCCUCAGUACGGGUGAGUUGACUUUCCAAAACGGUAGCUACCAUAUAAACUGUCAUGCCAGGACUGUAGGGAUCGGCGGUACUUUAGGCAACUCCUUCGAUGGAUUCUUGGAAUCCGUCCGUCGCAAGAUCCACCCGCAACGUCCUUUCCUGAACUGUGGGUUAUUUAUUGGCGUGAACGCGGGCAACGGUGAUGUGCCGCGUAUGGCUGUAAGCCUGUACUCGCUGCUCUUGGCUGACACCGGUGAAUCGAUAGGGUGGAUGGAGGCGGCGACAAAGGCUCCUGUCAACCGACGGAUUCUUCUUAAGGUGAAGAAAACAGUUUCCCCGCCCCAUCGCGGUGACGGCGAAGGCUUCCGGCAUCGUUCAAAUAGGACUGGGAACCAGUUCGAGGAGGGUGUGGUGCGGAAUGAUGACUGUACAGACGGCCAAGGUACUGUCCUAAAUCCGGAUGAGGUUAGUUGCGCCACGGAAAUAGGGGGCAUCACCAUUUUUUUCACCCAUACGCAGCGGGCUAAGCUUGCAGAGGUGGCAGCCGCAGGGGCUACGCAUGGCCUUACCAUCGUGUGUUUUAAGCGGUACGAGGAUGUGAUUCAACACAAGCAUAUCUUCCAUUGCAGUGCCUUUGUGUAUGCAAAUUUAUUUGAAGGAGGUCAUCACUCGCUUCGAUUGUUUGUGCAGCUGGUGCGAACACUGCGUACGCAAGGAAAGGUUGGCAUCGCGCAAUACGCAAAGAAACAUAUCCCCCCUAGACUUGUAGCGUUGGUGCCUUCACCCGACUCUGCCGCGGCUCGGCAGCAGGUCAUACCUGAGACCAGUUUACCCGCUCAAGGAAUUGGCUUCUACAUGGUUCCCUUGCCCUACGCAGACGGUAUCUUCCCCGUACCAGACCUCGCCAUGUUGCCCAGUCGUAUCGAAAAUCUUUCGCCUAAACUCAGCCCGGACGCCGUAUCUGACAAGGAUAUACAGCUUGCGACGCGGGUUAUCGACGCCCUCAGCGUCCGCUACGAUAUCCUGGCCGUACCAAACCCCUGGUUACAGCUGCGGCGCCACGUAUCGGAGGACCUCGUCUUGCGUCAGCUCGUUUCCCCAAAGGCAGAGGGAGUGAAAAGGGAGCCCUCGCUGGGGGCUUCACGUUCGGCGAUUCCACUUGCGCCCUGCAAGGGCCCAGAAAUUGAGCGAGCGUCGAUGUCCCUUCCUCGCGACUGGACGUUGCCCGACAAGGCCGUUAUGGCACGUCAUGCCACGCUGUUUCAGGACUUUAACGCUUCUGUCCUUGCCUCGUCGUAUAAUCCGGAGUCGCUCUGUGCGCAACCUCGCAUCAUGACAGUGGUAUCGCGACGUCCGCGAGCGUACGGGGACACCGAUGACAAUAUGAAGGACGGUACACGGAGUGGGAAUUCGGCGCCUAUUACCCAUCCACGCAUGCAGAGAAAAGGUUACAAUCAUUUUCAGAGCGAGAAGAAGUGGGGUUGCUGUUCGGCUCAAGAAAUCAGGGAACUUGUGAGGGAUGCAGCUGAUCGCAACGCGUGGCACCGGUUAACAGUAAUGCAGCUGAAGGAAUACCUCAAGACAGUUGGGCACGCGAUGAGGUAUGACAGCAAGAAGGAUGCAUUAAUCGAAAGUGCAAAGCAUGCUUAUUUCAAGGGAGAGGGCUAA